AUGAAAGUGUUUUUGUGGUUCGUAGCGGUUUGUUUGCCACUGGCGCUGGCACAGCCCGUGAAUUUGAGGGCCGAAGAAGAGGAAGAGAACGAAGUGGACAACAGCAGUGAUUCGGACUUAUACAAUGGUCUAAUGCAUUUAGGAGCAGCGAUUUUUGGUACUCCAGAUGUCAAGUCGGGUGAAGCAGUGUCGACGUGGAAGGAGACUAGUCAACUAAACCCCGAAGAGAUGGGCGAAUACGCCGAGGGUGACAUAUUACACCCGAUUGGAAAUGCUAGGAAUGGAUUGAAAGCUGUAUCGUCUAGAUGGCCUAAAGGAGUUAUCCCCUACGAAAUCAGUCCAUCUUUCGGGUCUAGUGAUAGACAGUUGAUAUUGAGUUCAAUUGAUGAAUACAAAAAACUAACGUGUCUAAAAUUCACACCCAGAACCUCUUAUGACACUGAUUACAUUUACUUCACUAAUGGUAAUACGGGAUGUUGGUCAUCAGUCGGAAAAAUCGGAGGAAGACAAGAAGUGAAUCUACAAAGUCCGGGAUGUUUGUCGAAGAAGGGUACAGUAAUGCACGAAAUGCUUCACGCCGCUGGAUUCAUGCACGAACAGAACAGACCAGACAGGGAUAAGUUCGUCACCGUCAACUAUAACAAUAUCCAAUCGGGUAGAGAAAAUAAUUUUGAAAAAGCCCAGAGUUCGAUGAUUGACAGUCAAGGUAUAGGCUACGACUACCGUAGCGUAAUGCACUAUUCGGCCAAUGCUUUUUCGAAAAAUGGUCAAGCGACCAUCGAUCCGAAGACACGUGGCGUGACAAUGGGUCAGAGAGACGGUUUAAGCAGAAAGGAUAUUCAAAAGAUUCAAAAGAUGUACAAUUGCAAAAGUAUGGAUUCGAAUUCGGGAUCUGGAAACAACUUCUUUGAAGCUGUGCAAGGUUGGUUGCCGUUUAAAUGA